AUGUUUGGACCACUCUCCCAUCAACCAGAGCCAAAGUUGUUUGAAAAACGGACAGACGGAAACGACUUCCAAUGCCCGCCCUCAAUACUCUCAACAGCUUGUCAUUCUCUUGUAGAGGAAAUGACGGAGCGAGUCAACGACUUCUUCCUAACAAACUGGCCCUUUCCAGAUGAGGCGCGCCGCCGGGCAUUUGUGGCCGGGCAGUAUGCUCGGGUCGCCUGCCUGGCGUUCCCAAUGGCCAACAACGACCGCAUCUACCUGAUUUGCGUACUGCUCACCAUUCAGUUCCUAAUCGACGAUGCAUUCGGCGACUUGUCAUUCAGCCAGGGGCGAGCCUUGGCAGAACACAUAGCCCAUCUCUGUCGUGGGCAGCGUCUUCCCAACAGGGCCGUCCCCAUGGAGUGGAUCUCGUACAACCUCUUCCGCGACAUGAGAGAGCUGGACGCCGAGCGAGCAAGCCACGUAGCGGACGCCGUUGAAAAGUCCAUGAUGGUCCAAACCAGCACCCGCCGCGGCAAAGACAUGGGGUUCUCGCAGUUUGUCGAGUACCGGUCCGUCGAUGUGGGCACGUUAAUACUAUUUGCCCUCGUCCCGUUUAGCAUGGGUCUCGAGCCGAAGCUAGGCGAGCGCGAGGAGGUCCGGGACGUGAAUGCAAACUUUGCAAGACACUUCCUUGGCAUGAACGACCUGGUCGGGUAUGAGAGGGAGGUGAUGGAGUCCAAGGCUGGACACGAAGAGGGCGGCACGCUGAUUAACAGUGUGUCGGUUUUGGCUGCUGAGCUUUGUUUGUCCCCGGAGGCCACGAAACGGCUGCUGUGGCAAAUGUGUCGGGAGUGGGAGAGGAGGCAUAGGGAGCUGGCCAGGGACGUCUUGAGAGGAGGCGAUUCGCCCGAUUUGGAAACGUAUGUCAAGUGUCUUGAGUACAUGAUGACGGCGGGGGAGGUAUGGAGGCUGGCUACGGCAAGGUAUCAAGUGUCGUGA